CUUGAGCUUUCAAUGAGUCUGUGUGAUUGUGGUGACGUGUGUAUAUAUUGUCUGUACAGCUUCAUAGGGAUAGAUUGCUUUGCUUUGGCUUCUUAUAUGUCACUGAGGCACUACUAUACUGAGUGCAAUCACAGAAUUAAAAUGAUUUAUUUGUUGCCUUCAGACAGCACUUUGAUAUCACCACAUUGUGCUUUUGACCUGGCUGAGACUUGCUGCAAAUAACAUGGUUUGUUUUCAGUAUGGAGUUAUCAGAUAAGCUGUGUGCAUAAACUUGUUCUCCAAUGUGAAGAACCUAUAACAAAAUCAGAUGUAAAGGGGAGGGGUAAAAAAAGGUCUAAAGCAGCCUUUCUGUCCUAUGUUGUGUCCAGUAGACUUUUCACUCAAAACUUGAGAUAGGAUUUGAGCUGCAUUGUUGUCUGUGCUUUGAUGCUGGUAUUACAUGGUCAUACCUCUGAGAACCACCAAGUUUUGGUACUGUGCGUUUUAAAUAAGGAUUUUCAAACUAGGAAUGAUUUUCUAACCUGUACAAAUAAUCCCCUCUCUGUUACACUUCGAACAUUGUUAUUUUUGACUGACCACCACCAUACCCUGCUUUGCUGCAAUCUAGCAUAGGCUACAACUUCACUCUUGGAGGUUUUGGUAAGGCUCUUAGAGGUUUAAAUUUCCCAUUGUUUCAGGUUCCCAUGUUUCCCAUAUCCCUCAUCUUCUAUACCUCAGUGAUGUUGGAGCUGAGAGAUUGUGUGCAUGCCUAAGAUUUCUGGAUGUAAUCAGAACUUGUAGAAAAUAGGACUUAUAAGGACCUGUGAACUGUUUCUUAGCGUGAAGAAGAGAUGGAGAGGAAAUGUAGUAAUGGUUUAUAUACACACUAAAGGCUGUUAGGUGGAAAGGAAAAGUCUGCUCUCUGUGUCUGUGGUAGAUAGGAAAAGAAGUAAUUCAAUUAACUCUUUAAAUGGAAGAUGGAUUUAGGAAGAACUCCUGGCAAAUUCCUGGAGUAGCACUUGUCUGGUUAGAGCACCGGGUGUCUGUUGUGGUGAGACUGUCAAAAGCAGUUAAGAGAAGCAUCUGCCACGAUUGUCAUGCUGCAGAGUCAGUUCUGCUCUGGGCAGAGAAGACUUUCAAAGGUUCUCCCAGCUUGUGUAAGACAGACAAGGCCCAGCUGCUGUGUGGGAACAAGGUGGCACAUGCUCAGUUCAUUGUGAACACACAGUAACUCUGAAGUCUCUUGUGCUGUAGGAACCUUUUUGGAUGUGCCAGCUUCUGAGAACACUGUGGCCCUGAAUUCACAGGAAUGACCUCUCAAGAGAGGCCAUGAUGAGAUGCUGAGAAUGGCACCAGCUUCCACGUGUUCGACCAGGGACGCUUUGCCAAGGAGGUGCUGCCCAAGUACUUCAAGCACAACAACAUGGCCAGCUUUGUGCGGCAGCUGAACAUGUAUGGCUUCAGGAAGGUGGUGAACAUCGAGCAGGGGGGGCUCGUCAAGCCCGAGCGGGACGACACCGAGUUCCAGCACCUCUGCUUCCUGCAGGGCCACGAGCACCUCCUGGAGCACAUCAAGAGGAAGGUGUCAGUAGUGAAAAGUGAGGAGACCAAGAUGCGGCAGGAGGACCUGAGCAGGUUGCUAUACGAGGUACAGAUACUGAGGAGUCAGCAGGAGAACAUGGAGUGUCAAGUGCAGGACAUGAAGCAGCAAAACGAAGUCCUUUGGCGGGAGGUUGUUUCUCUCCGGCAGAACCACUCCCAGCAACAGAAAGUGAUCAACAAGCUGAUUCAGUUUCUGUUUGGCCAGCUGCAAUCCAGCCCCAGCAGCACUGGGAUAAAGAGGAAGCUACCUCUGAUGCUUGACAAUGGGAUCUCAAGUCCCCCAGUGUCCAAGUUCAGCCGGCACUUGCCUGCAGACCCCCUGCACGACCCCUACUUCAUACAGUCGCCAUCAGCAGAACCUGCCUCUUGCUUGAACAGCCCUGGAAUUGCUGGAGGACCCAUCAUAUCUGACGUUACUGAAGCAUCACCAUCCAACAUAAUAAAUAUGCAGCCCCCUCCUGAAAAUGACAGGGAGAAGUGCCUGAUGCUGAUCAAGGAGGAGCCCGUGAGCCCUGGUGUGAAGGGCACGGCCGAGCCCGACGUGCCCCUGCCCGGCUGCCGCGCCUGCCCCGAGCCCCCCGUGCUGCCCGUGGCCAUGGUCCAGUCUGUCCUGGAGGGCAAGGGGGGCUGUGCUGCAGCCCCAGGGACCUCCCAGCCACCCGAGAGGAGGGGCAGAAGGGCUCUGCUGGACAGAACAGAUAUCUCAGACCCAUUGGAGGGCACUGACUGGAGCCUGGAGGGGCUGCAGCUGCUGCUGAGGAGCCAACAGUAUGGCCUGGAGCCUGCCAGCCUGCUGGAUGUCUUCAAUCCCAAUUUAUCCCUGAGUGAGUGGAAUAUGACUGAGAUGGAGGCCAGUCUGUCCCCGAUGCAGCGACUCACAGUGGACCUGGAGAAGAAUGCAACUGAGCUGCCCCCAAAAGUGUUCAACCCCCCGUUUAACAGCACCUGCCCAGGGAAAGAUGUGAUCCUGGAAAGUGCCCAGCAGUUCCUCAUCGACCGUCAGUCCAUCUUUGGGAACGACCUCCUCACCUUGCCUGAGAGUUCAUCCCUUUAUGUCCCACCUGAAAAUAUGGCCUCCUACCUGUCCUCUGUGGGGGUCCAGGGGGACAUCCCUUUAAACCUGAGCUCUUCAACAGACAACAGCCAGUGAUUUUGCUUCCAAGAACCACCAUCUCCCUCCCACCCAUCCAAGCAUCCACAGGUUUGAAUGUAAAGAAACCAAAGUGACUCAGAAACCCACUAGAGAGUUUCUUUUUGUGCCCUUUCUUUGGAGUAGAUGGAAAUGGUUGGUAGCUGUUGCAUUGCUCUCCCUGCACCUGGUUUUCAGUGUUUUUUAAAACAAAAUACUGUUUCUGGUGCUUGCUCCUAGGGGGAGUGAGAUCUUGGCAGGAUUUUUUUUUCUUGAAAAUGCUAUUAGAAAUUCCAAAACUUCUACCAAAAUUGAAGUGAAAAGUAGCUUGAAAGUCCAUCUGGGACUUCAUAAAAUAGUGAUCCUGACUAGUGUCUGCCACGGCAAACUGUGGGAUUUUACAGGGGCAGCACAGAUUAGCUAAGAUGCCUGACCCUUCUCCAUGCUGUUCUUGAAAUAGGAAAAUAAUCUAAUGCUCUACAAAUAUUUUUUUAUCCAUUUUCUGGGUUUGAUGGGAUGCACCUGUGCCUCUCCCUUGUCCUCCCAAGGUGAGUAGGAACCAGAUCUCUCAGGGUGUGCAGAAGAUCAUUUUGUGAGUGACCCCCCAGGACUGUGGCUCUCAGGGGAGCCACAGACCAUCACAGGCCACAGAACAUCCCACGCUGAGUUGAGAGCAUUUGUUGUUUGGGAUUUGUUUUGCCCCAAAUUUCUUUUCUCUUAGAUAAAGGCAGGGAACUCCAUAUUAAAAACAUAAAAAAGGGAUAGACUCUUCUGCACACGCAAUUUUUCAUGUGCAGAGGGGACUGAGGGAGCACACUCUGGGUUUUGGUGCUGGCUAAGUAUUCCAUGUCCAGUCCAAUGGUUUUUUUUCCCUUGGCUUUGACCUGUUCUAUUUCCUCUGAAGAUGUGCCUGUUGGUUUAUUGAUGUAUAAAAUCUGAUUAAACAGUUCAAUCGAUUGGAUCCCCUUUUAGAAGGACUCUCAGCUGCUCAGUGUAGGAGAGAAGCAGAAGGGUUAGUCCACCAUGUCCCACAAACUUUUCUUCUGUCCUUUGUGCAUCUGAGACCAGCCUCAAAGGCUGAACUGAUCUUCCCCUUCCAUGUGGUUUCUGACGACUGAGUUUCUCAACAAAGCAGAGCUUUGUUUUUUAUGCUGUAGUUCUAAUGAGAACGUAUUAUUUAUCUCAGUAUCCUCUACCUGAGUCGCUUUUCCUUAGGAAAGCUACUCAAAUGCAGUAGAACAGACCCAGGAAAUUCAAUUAACUCAGGCCUCCUAAGGGCUUAGACAGGGAGGUGUAAGCUGUGCCAGUAUCAUUUGAAGAAAUGCUCUGCCCCCUUUCAUUGCCAUGACAAUUCUUGGUUAUAAACCAGAUUUCUGAACAUCUUGGUCAAGCAGCAUCCCCACCAAAAUGCAGUCAAUCAAUCAGAUGAGUGCAGGCUCAAAAUCACAAUAAGAUGAGCAUGUUUUAAAUGGACCUUCCUGUCACAGCCCUUUCCUCCAUCCAUUUAUCAUUAUGUGAACAGAUGUGUUAGUUCAGAAAAGUUCACUUUUGAGCACAUUUUCCCCCAGCUGGCUCCUGUGUGCUGGGAGCUCUGUCACUGCCUUGGUGGUGCAGUCUGUGCAGGAGCAGGGUGGGAGAGCUUCUGAAUUAAUCCCAGCCACUGUUUUUGUGUUCAGGACUAAGGGAAAAUUCUGGCAGCCCCCAUUGGCCUGGUAUUUAGAUGAUGUGCUUGAGUGUACCCUGGAAAAGGUUUUCCUUUUCAAGGGAUUUGUGCUCAGAAAGUUCACCUAGAUCAGCCCAUUUGCCACUCUUUUGCCAUUUCCAGCGAUGGAAAGUCGUUGAGUUGCACUCUGUUUAAUUCUUUCCUCACAGAUAAUUGAGGACUGUCUGGUGUCUGCUGACACCCAACAGCAUGUUCAGGAUUCACGUCCCUCUCUGAACUUCCACACUCUGGGCUGCUGAAAUGUUAACACUGAAUGUAUUGAUCCAACGAGGUGUUUAAGCACAUGCUUAACUUCGAGCUCCUGAAGCCGUUUUCCGAAGCCUGUUGCACGUUUGAGGUUGGGUGUUGUUGGCUUCAGUGCCCUCCUGGUGGGGGCUGAGCAAUGACCCACCUUGGGGAGCUGCCUGUGCAGGGCGGGCUCAGCUCGGCCGGGGCCCGACACCGUCCCGGGCUGCAGCAGCUCCGUGCAGGGGCAGCCUGUGCUCGUGGGGAGCAGCCCCUCGGGAGGGUCCUUGAGGUUUUCUUUAGGCUUUUUGCUCUACUAUAAACAUGGGAUUGGAGCUUGACAGGGAGAGAACUUGGGAGCCACUCCUGUGAAGAGCCAAGCUCGUGUUCCUCGGCUUUUUACAUUGUUAAUUUUAUUGAAGGUGACGUGCUGAGACUGCGUUUUGCACUAUGCUGUACAUUUGUAAAGUUUUACAGAAAACACUAAUUAAACAUGUUUCCUUUUUCUCA